AUGUCCUAUGUAAAGCGGGACCUGCUGCGAGAGGCCAAGCGCAAUGCGCUCAAGGCAAACCUGAAGCGCGUCGGUGGCAACCAGGUUGCCCCCGAGCCCCUCGUCCACAUGGACGGACAGGGCAAGUGGGUUCCGCCGCCGCCCUCUGCUUUCCUUGACCAUCUCCGCAGCCGGGGAGAGCUCCACGACUCCGCCUGCAGGCGGCAGAACCGGGAGAUGUUUUCGCGGCUCCAAGAGAUGGGCCUGAGGUUCGAGGAUGUCCUGGCGAAGCAGCCCAGCCCCGCGGAUCACAUCCGGUCGCUCAGGUACCGGCCGAGGAAGAAGUCCACCCUCUCGCGAGAGGUGGCACCGGAGGACGUCAUCCCGGUGGAGUAUGUUGACGGCUGGAGCCUCUGGGAGGAGGAUACGAGCGCGGAGGAGAGCGCGGAGGAGGGGCAGGCGGCGAAGCAGGGAGAGGAGGGCCAUGUUGGCGCAGAGUCCCAAUGGGACAACGUCUGGGACGGCCAAGAAGGGGCCGCCGCCGUAAGCACCAGUGUGCUGGAGGAUGGCAGGGUUGUGAAAUGGUAA